AUGGCAACUAAUAUUAAUGGAAAAACUGUUGUAGUUACCGGUGGUGCGGAAGGAUUGGGAUUAUCGAUGGUAGAGAACUUUUUGAAGGAGGGAGCAAAGUUGGCCAUAAUUUUAGACGUAAAUGAAAAACUUGGAAUAAAAACCUCAAGCGAAUUGAAACAAAAGUACGGAGGUGAUCGAGUAAUUUUUUUAAAGUGUGAUGUCACUAUAGAUCUUGAAAAAAUUUACGAGGAAAUUACUAAAGUGUGUACUACAGUUGAUAUCUUAAUAAAUAAUGCUGGUGUAUUGGAUGAAAAGAAUAUCAGGCGAACAAUGGAAAUAAAUGCAAUCGCUGUUAUGGAAUGGACAAUGAAGUUUUACGAUUUAAUGAGAAAAGAUUUCGGUGGCAAUGGUGGAACAAUAAUAAAUGUAUCAUCUAUUUUCGGAUAUAGAUUAAUUCCGUUCUCAUAUACCUAUAGUGGAUCGAAAGCUGCCGUGCUUUCAUUUUCAAGGUCACUUGGUCAGAAGUAUAACUACGAAAACACUGGUGUACGAGUGAUAACGUUAUGUCCAGGUUUGACGCAUACAGAACUUCCCAAGAGUGGAAAUGUAAGAGAUGAUGAUACCUAUGAUGAUAUGCGUGAAUUGAUCAAAGAUUACCAUUGGCAAAGUGUUGAUGACAUAGGAAAAGCAACCGUAGAUAUCUUUCACAUGGCAGAAAGUGGUACUGCAUGGGUAGCAGAAGGAGGAGAGCCAGCAAAAGAUAUUAAUACAAUAAGAUAA